AUGGAGUCUUUUAACAUAUCGCAAUCGUCUGCAAUAUGUCGAAUUUGUCGUAGUGGAGAACAAUCGAUUGCACAUGACGACAAAUCAGCCGCUCAUGAACCGCUAAUAUCGCCUUGCUUCUGCAGAGGAACGAUAGGCUUGUGUCAUCGGAGUUGCUUGGAACGCUGGCUUGCGUCAUCCAAUAGAAGUGUAUGCGAAAUUUGUCAUUUUACUUAUCAGACUGCAAGACGAUAUCGCACAUUUUGUGAAUUUAUGGGAAGCACAGAUUCUUAUUUACAGCGUCGUAAUUUGAUUAUCGAUAUUAUUUGCUUUGUCUUUUUUACGUCGAUCGUUAUCUGUUGUAUCAUACUUUGCUUAUCGUUAGCGACACAAACAAAAGGCUUUGGACUGCGGAAUAAUUCGAAAGGGUUUCAAAUGAUUAGCUUGUUGAUCCUAUCAGUUUCAUUAUCUGUAGUAUACUUUAUAUGGCUAAUUACCAUUAUUAUAUUUCAUAUCAAGACUUAUCUCGAUUGGCGUCUAUUAAAUGAAGAAGUAUUGGUAGUGGAUCAGGAAUCAACGUGUAAUUCAUGGAAAACUAUUGAUAGAGUUAGGCGACAAAGAGCAAAACCUCGAAUGUACGCGAUGCGCUUGCUAUUGUGCUUUGAUUUGCACUCCAUUCUACGCGACUUAUGCAGGAAGAAUUUGGGUGUUUCAUCUGCCAGUAAUGCAAAUUCAGAUAAUUCCAAUUCUGCGAUCUCUGUUGUAUCAAGUAAUGCGUUAAAUAUGAAUUAUGAUGAUUUUGUACACCAUCUACAUCCCAAAGAUGGUGAAAUUCCUGUAAUCGAUUCAUGCCAACACACGAUGGCCUCGACACCUGUAGCUAAUGAAAAGGCAUUCGCAUCCCCUCAAAUAUUCGAAUAUCCUUCCGUGAAUUCUCACUUCACGAGUUUUAACAAUGCAGUAGCAUGA